CUGUCGCUAUCAGACCUGUUCAACGCCCUUGAUAGGGUAGCGACACAUGAUGGCCGAGUUCUGAUCAUGACCACGAACCACCCAGAAUGUUUGGACAGUGCGCUCAUACGACCUGGCCGUGCCGACUUGAAAAUCGAGCUUCCCCUCGCCGACAAGGAUGUAAUCUCUCGA